GGACUCUCUGGGUACGUUUGUUUUUCCUUUUCUUGUGUGGAGCCGGAUUAUGAGAGACAGCAGCGCGCACUGGGGCGCCUGCAGCGGAGGAGCGGAGGCGAGGAGCCCGGCACAGGGCCAGAGCAUGGGGUGAUGAGGACAAUCCUCUGCUGACCUCGAUGCAGAUGACCAGUGAUGGCCACAACAUCACCUCAACAUUUGUUGGAUGACAUCAUAAACACAGGACAACAGGAGCAGCAGCAGGAAUUCCUGAGCUUGCUGGAGACGAUUGUUCUCACCAUCUUUCUCUCCAUUAUUAUCAUCAUGACGGUGUUUGGCAACCUGCUGGUCAUGGUGGCACUCUGCAGGGACAGACAUCUACGGAAGAAGAAGACUAACUACUUCAUUGUGUCGCUGGCGUUUGCUGACUUGCUGGUUGCGUUGUUGGUGAUGCCCUUCGCUGCGAUCGAGCUGACUACUGGCCAGUGGCGGUACGGAGAGAUCUUCUGCCUGGUUCGAACGUCUCUGGAUGUCCUGUUGACUACAGCCUCCAUCCUGCACCUCUGCUGCAUUGCGCUGGACAGGUAUUAUGCUAUCUGCUGCCAGCCACUGGUCUACAGACACAAGAUGACCCCAGUCAGAGUGGCAGUGAUGCUCAGCGGCUGUUGGCUCAUCCCCACCUUCAUCUCCUUCCUACCCAUCAUGCAAAGCUGGAACGCCAUCGGCAUUGAGGACAUUAUUGAGGAGAGGCGAGCCUUGGUAGGAGGCUCCAACGACACAAGCUGUGUGUUCCUGGUCAAUCGGCCGUACGCCCUGAUCUGCUCUGCGGUGGCCUUCUACGUCCCAUUGGCCCUCAUGGUCCUAGCCUACCAGCGGAUCUACGUCACCGCCAUGACCCACGUGCGGCAGAUCGAGACAUUACAGCGGGCCGGCUCCGCUCCUGUCACCGGGACAGCUCCAGUGAUCACCGUGAGGUCCUCCACUUCAUCAGAUCCAUUGGAGCACUACCGCCUUAGGACAACAACGGGCUCCACCUCCUCAGAGCAGGCUCCCAUAGCGAAUAGCCGCAUGCGUGUUGAGACAAAGGCAGCGAAGACGCUGGCAGUUAUCAUGGGUUGUUUCUGCCUAUGCUGGGCACCGUUUUUCAUCACCAACGUGGUGGACCCCUUCAUCCAUUACUCAGUGCCCUGGCAGCUGUGGACAGCCUGGUUGUGGCUCGGGUACAUUAACUCAGGGUUGAACCCUUUCCUGUAUGCCUUUCUGAACCGGGCGUUUCGGAGGGCGUUUCUGGUGAUUCUCUGCUGUGGGAAUGAGCGGUACGCACGGCAUGGGAGCUUCUCCUAUGUACACACCCAAAGAGCGUGCUCAGCUGCGUCGGUCAACGGGACAUCUAUGGCACUGAGAUUGUCCUUCCUGCCAAACCGGAGCUACAGCGACAACGGUCGGACGAUACUGGCCAAUGACCAGGAGUCCCAGGACUCUCUUGGACCACUAUGAGGGUGUCUUAACAGAGCUGUGACACCAUCAGCUGAUGAGGGGGACUAAGAGAUGGAGACUUCUCGACCUCUGUGAUCUCAACAGGUGGCUGUGAGCUGACCUGGCCUGAGGAGGUUGUCUUUGGAAAUGCACUCUAUGAUCCAGCAUCAUCAUAUGACUUUCUUUAAAACGUAUGUUGAUGCUGUCCAGAGUUAGAGGCACUGUUGCUGAGCAUCAGACCAGCACAGAAGGUCAGAUCUGAGUGACUCAAAAUGAGAAAAAAAUGAACCAUGUUGGUGCAGAGCUGAAGUAUUGAGUGCUUACGGACUGAAACACACUGCCAAUAUGUCUCCAGGUUCUCCAAAACCCAAAGAGUGUUUAUUCUCAGUCGAAACAUCCGGAUCACAGGACGUGAGUCAACAUCGUGCACCACAGAAAACCACAGCAGACUACAAGCCAAACUUUGGUUAACAUGGUUGGCGACGCAAGAGGCCUCUUCUGCUUUUUAACCUCUGUGAUGACAUCAUAGUUGUAACUACCAGCUGGUCACACAGGUGACUGCAGGUCUCAUUAAGUCCAGUUUAUUGUUUGUAUUCUUGUUUUUUACCAGCAUCAACUGCACUCUGAAACUGCUGAAUGUAAUGUCAAAAGUGGAUGUUUUUUUAUUCAUAUCCUUCAUGUCAUAUUCCAUUUUGAAACAGUUACAAACAAACACCAAAGGCUGAGGACUUCACAGUCAGUUUGUGAUGAAAUACAGCAUCAUACAAACAGUUCUGUCAUUGAUCGUUGUGAUGAAACACUUGCCUAAACCUUUCAUGGCACAUAAAAUAUUGUUGCACUUA